CGUAGCGUGUGUCUUCCACACUUCCUCCAAACACACUCAUCUUCAUCUUAAUACUCUUGAUUAUCUUUUCCUAAUUAACUUCCUUUGUCUCAUGGCAUCCAACCCUACAUCCCUCAACCAAGCCAAACAUGUCCUCCCAAACAAUGACCUUGAGCAACAAGCAACAACACCUCUAGAAAUCGAAACCGAGGACUUUGACUACUCAAAGAGAUCUCAGUGGCUUCGCGCAGCUGUCUUGGGAGCCAACGACGGGCUGGUCUCAACAGCAUCCCUGAUGAUGGGCGUGGGAGCGGUCAAGCAAGACAUCAAGGCAAUGAUCUUAUCCGGUUUCGCCGGGCUGGUGGCCGGCGCUUGCAGCAUGGCCAUAGGGGAGUUUGUGUCUGUGUACUCCCAGUUGGAGAUAGAAGUUGCUCAAAUCAAGAGAGAGAAAGAAAGAGGAAGCGAUGGAGGCAGAGAACAUCAUGAUCCUGAAGAGAAAGAAAGUUUGCCAAACCCUUUGCAAGCUGCAGCAGCUUCAGCUUUGGCCUUUAGUGUUGGUGCAAUAGUGCCAUUGCUUGCAGCCUCUUUUAUAAAGGGAUAUAAGGUGAGGGUUGCAGUGGUUUUGGCUGCAGUGAGUUUUGCUUUGGUGGUGUUUGGUUGGUUAGGGGCAGUUUUGGGUAAGGCUCCAGUGUUGAGGUCUGUUUUGAGGGUCUUAAUUGGAGGUUGGUUGGCUAUGUGCAUUACUUUUGGGCUAACCAAGUUGAUUGGGUCAAGUGCACUUUAGUAUUCUAUAUUCCCUUUGUAAACUUUGUAUUUUAAGUCAUGAUAAUUGUGUGUUUAAUUUAAAGUCUUUUGUAAUUUGUAUAUAUGCAGUGAUCUCAAUGUAUGGUAAUUCAUAAGAAAUGGAGUUUUUCA